GUGGGAAGUUCUUAGACGGGCAAAGUUGUGUUUAUUAAAAGUAAAGCGUUCGUUAUCUGAAAGCGGAGCCGUGGCAAGUCUGGAGUAAUAACCGAAGGAUAAGUAAGUCUGUAAUAUAAGACAGAGGAUGCGGAGUGAACCUGGACCGGUCCAGAUCGUGACCGUCAACAAGGAGGAUCACUCCUUUGACCUGGAUACAGAAAAGCUCAGUCGAAUUCUGUUGGCACCUGAGGUCCGAGAUAAGGAUGUGGUGGUGCUGUCGGUCGCUGGCGCCUUCCGAAAAGGGAAAAGUUUCCUUUUGGAUUUCAUGCUCCGAUACAUGUAUAAGAAGCCUGGUCAGGACUGGCUCGGAGGGGAGAACGAGCCCUUGACAGGGUUCUCCUGGAGAGGAGGCUCAGAGCCGGAGACCACUGGCAUCCAGCUAUGGAGUGAAGUCUUUGUUGUGCAGAAGAAGGAUGGAAGUGAGGUUGCAGUGCUUUUGAUGGACACUCAGGGAGCGUUUGAUUCUCAGUCCACAGUGAAAGAUUGUGCCACUAUCUUUGCUCUCAGCACAAUGACCAGCUCUGUCCAGAUUUAUAACCUGUCGCAGAAUAUUCAAGAAGAUGAUCUACAGCAACUUCAGCUGUUUACCGAGUAUGGCCGACUGGCAAUGGAUGAAAUUUUUCUGAAGCCUUUUCAGUCGCUAAUGUUUUUGAUCAGAGACUGGAGUUUCCCUUACGAAUACAAAUAUGGUUUUAAGGGAGGAAGUCAUUUCUUGGACAAACGACUGCAGGUGAAGCAGAGUCAGCAUGAGGAGCUUCAGACAGUGAGAGAGCACAUUCGCUCCUGUUUCACCUCCAUCUCCUGUUUUCUCUUACCACACCCUGGCCUGAAGGUGGCAACAAGCCCUGCUUUCAAAGGACAGCUGUGUGAUGUGGCUCCAGAGUUUAAGGAAGAGUUGUCUGUACUCAUUCCCAACCUACUGAAGCCUGAUGAACUAGCUGUGAAAGAGAUCAAUGGCAAUAAGGUGACCUGCAGGGGCUUGCUAGAAUACUUCAAGGCAUAUAUCAAGAUAUAUCAGGGAGAAGACCUUCCACACCCUAAAUCCAUGCUAGAGGCUACAGCAGAGGCCAAUAACCUUGCAGCCGUGGCGUCAGCUAAAGACCAGUACUACAAGAAUAUGGAGAAGGUCUGUGGUGGAGAUCUGCCAUAUGUGGCUCCUGACUCACUGGAGGAAAAGCACCGUUUCUUCUUGCAAGAGGCCCUCCAUCUCUUUUCUAGCACUAAGAAGAUGGGUGGGAGGGAUUUCUGUCACCGUUACCAGGAACAGUUGGAAAAAGAGCUGAAAGAGCUGUGGGAGUCUUUCAGCAAGCACAAUGAGUCAAAGAAUAUUUUCAGUGCUUUCCGGACACCUGCAGUGCUUUUUGUCCUGGUUUGCCUCCUAUAUGUGCUGUCUGGAAUCUUGCUUUUUAUUGGCCUGGGAACAAUUUCCUGUGCAUGUGACUGGGUACUUGGUCUAGCCAUGAUUGCUAUGCUGACGUGGGCCUUUAUCCGUUACUCUGGCCAAUACAGAGGAGUAGGCACAGCCAUAGACCAGGCGGCUGGAGUUUUACUGGAGCAGGCCACAGAUGUGUUAAACAAGACAAGAGGCCAGGGUCAGAUGGCUGCAAAACAGAAGAAAACAAGAUAGCUUCUCAGGCAAACCAGAAGAUGCCAGAACGAGAUAUAAACUGCACAGACAUGACCAAUAAUAUACCAAAUAAUGCACAUCUCCAAACAUUGUACUUAAAUAUCUUCUUCUAAUGCAGGUUGACUGAUUUUGUCAAAAUGUCUUAAACCGGAUUUUAAAAUAUCAAUACAAACACAUAAGGCCAAAAAUCACAAACCAGCAGUUUUUCAGGGUCAGGUAUGAAUUUAGCACAAAGGCUAAACUCUUCACACAGCUGCAUUGACACGUUUACAGUUGUCCAUUGCAAACAGCCAAAGACUUCUGUAAAGUCACAGACACCUUUCAUAGCAGGUCAUGGUCAUGUAACUUCAUUGGAUUGCACUUUCUAUAUUCUCUGUUUAUUCUCUUUAGCCAGGAAAACCUUUGCACAAUGCCAUUAUUGCAUUAAGCUUGAUAUGAUGUUUAGUAUUAAACAUGUAACGACACUAUGUUAUGUGACUGUUUGUUAGAGCUUUGUUCUGUAUCUUUUUACCAAAAUGUGGCCUUCUAUGCAUUCCAGCAUUCCAUAAUAUAUAAAGUUGUUUCACUUGUAUUGGGUUGCAUACAUACUAUUCCAUCCCAAUAUCCUUGAGUGCUAGACUGGUGCUGUAAACCUCUUAACUGCUGGCAUGUUGAGUGUUCAAAAUCAUCCUGACACAUUCUUGAAGUUAGACUGAACAUUUUGAUAGAAAAGCCAAUAUUUAACAGUGUCUUAUGAAAUGUUUAGUCCAUGUACUAUGAGCAUUUUCUAAUACUGAGAGGUUCUGCAUUUGUUUAAUACUUGCAUAUCAUGUUAGUAAACAUGUUUUCUGUUGGUUUGAUUCUGUUUUUGGAGUAGUCCUGUUGUACUUUAGUUAUUGCAGGUUAUUGUAGAGUAGCUGACAAAUAUAUCUAAAGAGGUUUUUUUUUCAAUGCACACCCAGAUAUUCAAUGAAAGACAUUACAGUGAAAAUAUGCAUAUCAUGGACCCAAGGCAUACCAGUCACCUGUCUGUAAUGUCUGUAUGUUACAUUGUUUUUUGUUGCAUUCCAUGGCACCAGAGACUUAAAUGAUGUUCACCUUAUCAGUUGAGUGGACUUUACCUAAACUGACCUACUGGGGGUCAUCCUGUCCCCUUUGUAUAUCAUUUUACUGUUCUAUACACUUUAUAUAUUCCUAGAAUAAAGCUCUAAGCAUGCAA